AUGUCAGCACCGCCUGAUUGCGCAGUGACGCACAAGGAUCGCCAGCUGCCCUCCCUCUACAGGUGUUUGAUAGUUCUGACUCUCCAUCUCCAGAGGACAGUAGACGACAUCAAAGGCAUAGCGGCUCUUGCAGCGGUCAUGGUGACAUCCACUUCUUCAUUCGCCGUCACACUCAAGGCUCCUAUCUACCACCGCUCUCCAAAAUCCUCUUUCCAUGCAGCCUUUGAAUCACUCGACGGCGGUACCCGAGCUGCCAUCUUCGUGGGCGAUGAUGAGGAACAGCUACUGUUGAUCCAGAUGCCGGUGACAGAUGACCCAGGACGAAUGGAGAAGAAGUUCUGCGUCUACGCAACCCCAUCGAAUAGCCCAAAACGUCUGCAAAUCCUCGACUGGACCGAUGGCGAUCAAGAUUGCAAGGACCUGUUCUUCAGCUCGGUGGACCGAAUUUUGGCACGUGACACCAUGGUUUCUGGUCAGUAUUAA